AUGUCUUUAAAGCUCGAAGAAAUCCACCCGAAGGUGUUUCUCGAUAUCCAGAUCGGCGACCUGCCGCUUGGACGUGUGGUAAUUGAGCUCUUCGAGCAGCUCGCGCCAAACACCGUCGCCAACUUUCAGCACAUUUGCCGCGGAGACCACACAUCGCUCGUUUCGGGCGGGCCGCUCACGUACAAGAACACGUACUUCCACCGUGUGAUCAAAAACUUCAUGUGUCAGGGUGGCGAUGUGAACCUUGCGGAUCUUCGCGAGGUGACGACGCAGGAACAGUACCUCGAGAACAAAUACGCGGGGAUGGGCGGCGAGUCCGUUUUCCGAAGCGGAGAGAACUUUGAGAGCGAAAACUUGACCCAGGCAAUCGAUCGCUCGUUCUUGGUGGCUAUGGCGAACGAUGGGGACGUUAACCACAAUAAGUCUCAGUUCUUCAUCACCACCUACCCGGCGCCUCACUUGACGGGGAAGCACACAGUUUUCGGACAGGUUUGCCACGGAAAGUCUGUUGUGAGAGACAUGGAAAGGGUCCGCACGUUUCAGACCAACCUCCCUAACUGGGAAGAACGUGUAGUUAUCACCGACUGUGGCGACUGGCGGGAGGGAGACGCGCUCCCUGUGUACAACUGCAGCAACCUGACCCUCGCCGGGGACAUAUACGAGGAGUACCCCGACGACGACGAGACGAUUAACCCCGACUCGAGCGAAUCGGUCUACCAAGCCGCAGAAAUCAUCAAGGAAGCGGGAACCCAAUUGUUCAAGCAGAAACAGACCCAGCAGGCAUUUUUCAAGUACAAGAAAGCGUUGCGCUACGUGAACGAGUUUAUUCCCGGUGAAGACCAGCCUGAGUGGAACGCUAAGUACUUGGUGAUGAAGAAGAAGUUGUAUCUCAACUUGUCGUUGGUCUGCACUCAGCUACAGGACUAUCAAACGGCGUACGACUACGCGACGCUCCUCAUCGAGUUGAACCACGAAUAUCCAGCGAUCUUGACCACCACGCCAGCCGAGUUGGCCAAAGCCUAUUUUCGCGGCGGUGCUGCGCAAGUUAAGUUGGGAAAGGUGGAAGACGCUGUCAAGAGCUUGCGUAAGGCUAAUGAGUUGCUUCCAGGUGAUGCGUUAAUCGAACGGGAGUACCAGAACGCCGAGGCAUUGGUGACGAAUAAGAAGAACAAGGAGAAACAGAAGUACGCAAAGUUUUUUGCAUAG